AUGCCGAGCCCCGCGGGCGGUUACUCGGUGCAGGCUGCCGCCGCCAUCGCCGCCGCCAUCACCUUCCUGGUGCUGUUCACCAUCGCCGGCAACACCCUGGUGAUCCUGGCCGUGCUGACCAGCCGCUCGCUGCGGGCGCCCCAGAACCUGUUCCUGGUGUCUCUGGCGGCCGCCGACAUCCUGGUGGCCGUCCUCAUCAUCCCCUUCUCGUUGGCCAACGAGCUGCUGGGCUACUGGUACUUCCAGAAGGUGUGGUGCGAGAUCUACCUGGCGCUGGACGUGCUCUUCUGCACCUCCUCCAUCGUCCACCUCUGCGCCAUCAGCCUGGACCGCUACUGGUCCGUCAGCCGUGCCGUGGAGUACAACGCCAAGCGCACGCCGCGCCGCGUCAAGUGCGGCAUCGGCAUCGUCUGGAGCAUCGCCGCCGCCAUCUCGCUGCCGCCGCUGGUCUACAAGGGCGAGAAGAAGGCGGCUCCAGGUGGCCGGCCGCAGUGCAAGCUGAAUGAGGAGGCCUGGUACAUCCUCUCCUCCAGCGUCGGCUCCUUCUUUGCGCCAUGCCUCAUCAUGAUCCUCGUCUACCUGCGCAUCUACCUGAUCGCCCGGCGCCGGCACCGCCGCCAGCCCCACGCCGGCCCCGGGCCCCCCAGAACCGCCCCCGCCGCCCAUGGGGACGCCUUGGGCCCCCGGCCCCUGCCUGCAGACAGGACCUCGCUGCUGGGCUCCAGCGAGCCGGCAGCGGUGCCUGGAGGCUCCCCGCAGCCAUCGAGGCGGCCCAGGGACACUGUGGCCACUGGGACGGGGCGUGUGGUGCUGGCGCCGGCGCUGAGCCCGGCUCCGUGGCGGAGGAAGGCGCAGGCGAACCGGGAGAAGCGCUUCACCUUCGUGUUGGCCGUGGUCAUCGGCGUCUUCGUGCUCUGCUGGUUCCCCUUCUUCUUCCUCUACAGCCUGGGCGCCGUCUGCCCACGGCGCUGCAAAGUGCCUGACGGCGUCUUCCAGUUCUUCUUCUGGAUCGGCUACUGCAACAGCUCCCUCAACCCCGUCAUCUACACCGCCUUCAACCGCGACUUCCGCAGGGCCUUCCGCCGCAUCCUCUGCCGCCGCAGCGCCCGCACGGCGUGGUGAGGGGCUCAGCCCCUCGCUGGCACUCAGCCCCUCCCGCUGCCCGCUGCUCCUUUUCCCCUUUUCCUCCCCUUUCUCCCUUGCCCCCCUCCUUAUUUCUCCUCCCCUUUCCCACCGCCCUGCAGGUUUGGGGCACACGCAGCCCCACAUGUUCCCAUCCCAACAGCGAUGCAUGGGGGCUGCAUUUGGGGGGCGGCGUUUCUCCCCACCUCACACGCUGUGCCUCCCAUGAAAUCAGGGGUGAUUUCCCCCUUCUCCCCAUCUGCCCCACAUCCCGGCGGCUGCCGCCUUUUAACAAUAAAAAGUAUUUUGUAGUCAAA